GCGCUUCCGGCCGGGUGGCCGGGACGCACCCAUGACGUCACGGCGCCGCUUUCCGGUGGCUGAGUCGAGCUGAGGUUGUUGUGGGUCGGGGGCGCCAUGGGGGCGACUGGCGACACCGAGCAGCCGCGGGGCCCCGGCGUGGCGGAACGAGGCGGCCUGGAGUUGGGCGACGCGGGCGCGGCAGGGCAGCCGGUUCUCACGAACCCUUGGAACAUAAUGAUAAAACACCGGCAGGUGCAGCGAAGGGGCCGCCGCUCGCAGAUGACCACAAGUUUCACAGACCCAGCGAUCUCUAUGGAUCUCCUCCGUGCUGUCUUGCAGCCAAGCAUCAAUGAGGAGAUCCAGAGUGUCUUCAACAAGUACAUGAAGUUCUUCCAGAAGGCAGCAUUGAACGUGCGAGACAAUGUCGGGGAAGAAGUAGACGCGGAGCAGCUGAUUCAGGAGGCCUGCCGGAGCUGCCUGGAGCAGGCAAAGCUACUCUUCUCAGAUGGAGAAAAAGUGAUACCCAGAUUGACCCAUGAACUUCCAGGGAUCAAGCGUGGCAGGCAAGCAGAAGAGGAGUCCCACCGAGGAAGCCCCAUUCCCAAAAAGAGGAAAGGUCGGCCUCCUGGACACGUCGUGUCAAAUGACCGGGCAGCAGCUGGCAUGGUAUGGAAACCAAAGUCCUGUGAGCCAAUUCGCCGAGAAGGGCCCAAGUGGGACCCAGCUCGGCUGAAUGAAUCUACCACCUUUGUUUUGGGGUCUCGAGCCAACAAGGCCUUAGGGAUGGGAGGCACCAGAGGGAGAAUCUACAUCAAGCACCCACAUCUCUUUAAGUAUGCGGCAGAUCCUCAGGACAAGCACUGGCUAGCUGAGCAGCAUCAUAUGCGGGCAACAGGCGGGAAGAUGGCCUACCUUCUCAUUGAGGAGGACAUCCGAGACCUGGCUGCCAGCGAUGACUACAGAGGAUGCUUGGACCUGAAGUUGGAGGAGCUGAAGUCCUUUGUCCUGCCAUCCUGGAUGGUUGAGAAGAUGCGGAAGUACAUGGAGACACUACGAACUGAAAAUGAGCAUCGUGCUGCUGAAGCACCACCCCAGACCUGAGCCAGGUGUUGUGGCUACUCCACUUGGCAGCCUGCCUCUAAGACCCUCUCUCCCAACCGGCUGAGGCCCUCCUGGGACUGGGUCUAGUUGGAUCUUAGCAGCAUUAAGCUGUACGUGAGCUAGUUUGUAGUGACUCACUGCAGAGCACCCGGACUGGCAUGUGGUUCUGUUUUUAAAGUUAUUGGACUAAGAAACAAUUAAACAGUUUGUAAU